AUGUUUUUUUUGAAGAUUGGCAAAGCAACUGGACGCUUGCAUAAUUUCAUUGUGGAGCCAUUUUGUGAGCAUUCGGAUACCGAUGAAAUGUACAUUGCAAUCUACAGUCGACGUGAACACGACAUCAUCCUUUUUUACGAACGAGGCGGAAUCGAUGUUGGCGAUAUCGAUGCUAAGGCACGAAAACUACAAAUUCCAGUAUCAGAUGGAGAAGAAAGUGUUUUCAUCCCAAGUGAACAAGUCAAAACUUUAAUUGGCCCCGUUGGGAGCGAAAAAUCAGCGCUAUUAAAGGCGUUUAUAAAAGCUCUUUAUACUAUCUAUCAGGAAAAUCAUUUCACAUAUUUGGAGAUAAAUCCUCUUGUACUGGUGCACGGAAAAAUCUACAUCCUUGAUUUGGCUGCAAAACUCGAUGAAACGGCACUUUUUCUGUGCUCAGAAAGUUGGAAAACGAGAAGUGGAGAAGCGGUUGAUUUCCCAGCUCCUUUUGGACGAGAUAAAACAGUAGAGGUGGGGAAUGUUUUGCUGUUAAAGGCGUUUAUAAAAGCUCUUUAUAAUAUCUAUCAGGAAAAUCAUUUCACAUAUUUGGAGAUAAAUCCUCUUGUACUGGUGCACGGAAAAAUCUACAUCCUUGAUUUGGCUGCAAAACUCGAUGAAACGGCACUUUUUCUGUGCUCAGAAAGUUGGAAAACGAGAAGUGGAGAAGCAGUUGAUUUUCCAGCUCCUUUUGGACGGGAUAAAACAGUAGAGGAGAAAUAUAUUGCCGAUUUGGAUUCCAAAUCUGGCGCAUCAUUAAAAUUAACCGUACUGAAUCGCCAUGGACGUAUAUGGACAAUGGUAGCAGGUGGUGGAAAGAGGAAAAAGAAUAGAGAAAUCUCGACUAACGUGAAUGAAGAAAUUGUCUGCUUUGCUUCGUUUGGACGCGACGUAACUCAUUCCUCGGCAUCGGAUGUGGUUACCGUGAUAAUACAUUUCAGGGAUACAGUGUGUGAUCUAGGAGGAAUCGCUGAGCUAGCGAAUUACGGCGAAUACUCGGGUGAUCCGUCUGAAACAAUGACAUUCGAAUACGCAAAAACCAUUCUUGGUAUGCUCACCGAAGGCCAGCCCCAUCCAAAUGGCAAAGUUCUGAUUAUUGGUGGCUCAAUUGCCAAUUUCACCAACGUUGCUAAUACUUUCAAAGGGAUUGUGAGAGCCUUUGAAGCAUAUCAGGAACGUUUGCGUGAACAUAAAGUUACAGUGUAUGUGCGUCGCGGAGGACCCAAUUAUCAAGAGGGGCUGCGAAAGAUGAAAGAAAGCGGUUUGUUGCAAUUGCCUGAUCUUGUACUGUCCAGGAAGCAAAACUUCGCCUCUCUUUUUAUGCUUUUGUGCUGUGUAACAGCGUUGCAAAAUACGUAUUGUCACGGGGUUGUCUGUGUGUGUGUGUGUUUGUGUGCUUGUCCCACAUUUUGUCCCGCACUUUCAACUCGAGAACCACAAAAGCUAGGCGGCUGA